ACCGUAAUAACGGGUGAGCGCAAAAAUAACAGGAAGUAGAGGCUAGUGGCGAUAUUGCUGCAUUCAUUUAAUUGCGCAGACACUUUAAAUAGACUAGAAUACCAUCGUUAUAUGAAUGAAGUGUUGGGCCAUCACCAUUAAAGGCGACCGUGUUCGAAGCAUCUCCUUCUUAUGAGCGGAACAUAAUUAUGGACGCCGUCGAUAGUCAGGUCAGUGCGGCGACCUCGGCCAACAAGAGCGGCCAAACGUCGUUGCUUGACAGCGGAGAGGACUUUGAGGUCCUGGAUGAGGAUGACAUUGACGACGACCCGCCUCCCUUGGAGGACGCCGGCGGCGGGGACGGCAAAGACACACGCCAGGCACGCGUCGACGACGAGGCAAACUCUGAAGUAGCAUCGUCGGAAUGGCUGGAUGUCCUGGGUAAUGAGCAACUAAAGAAAAAGGUCCUGGUGGCAGGCCAGGGGCGGGACAGUCGCCCCAAGAAAGGACAGAAUGUGACCAUUAGUGUCAAAACUUUAUUGAAAGAUGGAACGCCAGUGCAGGAACAGCCCGAACUCUCCUUCACUCUGGGUGACGGGGAUGUUAUUCAGGCACUGGAUCUGGCGGUACUGCUCAUGGAAAUGGGCGAGAAGGCCCUCAUCCAAACUGCAGCCAAAUAUGCAUAUGGUACUCGAGGAAGCUGUGAACCAGAGGUGCCUCCUGAUGCUGAUUUGUCUAUGGAAGUGGAGCUGAAGCGAGCCUGCGAUGCAGCAGACUUAGAGCUGCUUCCACCACCAGAAAAGAUUGCACUGGCCAGUGGAAAGAGAGAAACGGGUAACGGCCAUUAUCAACGUGGCGACUACGCAUUCGCCAUCAACUCGUACGGCAUAGCCCUGCAGAUAACCGAGUCAAGCUCCAAAGUGGACAUAAGUCCAGAGGAGGAAAACCAAUUGAUAGACGUCAAAGUGAAGUGUCUGAACAACAUGGCGGCGGCGCAGCUCAAGCUGGACCACUACGAGGCUGCUUUGAAGUCAUGCACUGCCGCUCUUGAUCACCAGCCAAAUAAUAUCAAAGCGCUCUUCCGUAUGGGAAAGGUGCUGGCCCUGCAAGGUGAAUACGGAGAAGCCAGUCAAACUUUGAGGAAGGCACUGAAACUAGAACCAAGCAACAAGACGAUCCACGCAGAGCUAUCCAAACUGGUCAAGAAACAUUCUGAGCAAAGAGGUGCGGAGCAGGCAAUGUACAAGAAGAUGCUGGGUAACCCCGCCCCCAGCGACCCGCACAAACGUUGGCCCAAAGAGUCAUGGGGUCUCAGCUGGAAGUGGUUAUUCGGUGCCACGGCAGUCGCUAUCGGCGGCGUGGCCUUAUCGGUGGUCUUGGCUGCCAGAAACUGAAGCAAAACUUUUUUUUUGUCGACUUGUGAAUGGACCAAGAACGAAGCACAUCUGGCAAAAUGGACAUGUCAGAUGCAUUUUAUGAAUUGGAACAGAAAUUAGUUCAUGGAAAAUUUGUAUUCAUACCUGUAUUCAAAUCUUCACAAUUAGAAUAUAUUUACUGGUAGUCACCCCUUUUAGCUAGCUGCUGCCAUGUUCCGAUUCAAAGCAAAUGGGGCCUUUUUAAGAUACAGUUCUAUAAAACCACUCUUCUGCUUAAUCCACAAAUGUUCACAAUAUAUCAUGCAUUGAACCCUUGCAUAUUUAGAACAUAAAAAUGUAAGCAACACUCCAAGAUCAUUGGAAUGCGGCAAAACAGUCCUACCUCUCUUUUGUCAUCGUCCAGGACGCGAGCUAAGUAUGUUUGGUAUGGUACGCAUUUAAUUACAAGUUCCAAUUGAUCAUUAUUGCCGUGACGACGAGGGCGUAGUGCAAUUUUGACAAUGCAAAAAGGAAGCCUUUUAUUUUGGAGAGUUUUGUCCCCUAUACCUCAGGUUUUGAUGAUUGAAGACCAAAUGUUGAUGAGUCCAAUGUGACGAGUGGAGCAUGUGACACACUGUUUCCUCCUUAGUGUUAAUUUAUUCUGGCAUCAUUGCGUUUUUCUUUGUAGUAAAUGACCAUAUUUAAAAAAUGCCAAUAACAGUUUGUGACAAAAGUUUUUGUUCAUUUUAUAUUCAUUAGAAUAAAUGCUGUUAUUAUGUCAUCAUACCUGUGUUCU